AUGGGAGAACCCCACGGGCUUCUGCCGCUCCUGAUGCGCAUCAGCAAGCGUGUGAUAGAAAUCUGGUUUCAUAUGCAGUACUGGGCCAGGAGGCUGGAGCAGGAGAUUGAUGGAGUGAUGAGGAUAUUUGGUGGAGUCCAGCAGCUCAGAGGGAUCUACAAUGAGAAUAGAAACCUAUUUGAGGUCAAGGAGAACGUGCCCAGGAAAUUAGUGGAGAAGGUUGCAGGAGACAUUGAGAGUCUCUUGGCCAAGAAAGUCCGUGCCUUAAAGGAGGAAGAUAUCGAGUACUACGACUCCAAGGCUGACACCGAAUAUGAUGACCCCGACGGGGAAGAGAUCGAGCGGGAAAAGUCCAACUCCCUCAAGCUGGAGUUCACCGACGACGCCAACUUCAAGACCAAGGUCAACUACUCGUACGCCGCCGUGCAGAUCCCCACGGACAUCUACAAAGGCUCCACCGUCAUCCUCAACGAGCUCAACUGGACGCAGGCACUGGAGGACGUGUUCAUGGAGAACCGCAAGGAGGACCCCUCGCUGCUCUGGCAGGUCUUCGGCAGCGCCACUGGCGUCACCCGCUACUACCCAGGGCGCCCGGAGAUAAAUGUGCUGCCACAACCCAUUAAGAGCAGCAUCUUAGUUGGGCUCGGCGGCGCCGGCGCGGGCAGCGUGCCGGGCUCGGCCGCCACUCGGCACCCACAGCUCUGCUCCCCCAGGUACAUCCAAGGGGCCUCCUCCCCCAAGGACAUGGUCAUCAUCGUGGACGUGAGCGGCAGUGUGAGCGGCCUCACCCUCAAGCUGAUGAAGACAUCAGUCUACGAGAUGCUGGACACGCUCUCAGACGACGACUAUGUCAACGUGGCCUCGUUCAACGAGAAGGCAAAGCCGGUGUCGUGCUUCAAGCACCUGGUGCAAGCCAACAUCCGCAACAAGAAGGUCUUCAAGGAGGACGUGCAGGGCAUGGUGGCCAAGGGCACCACCGACUACAAGGCUGGCUUUGAGUACGCCUUUGACCAGCUGCAGAACGUGAGCCAGGGCCCGGGGCGGGCGCGGGGGGAGGCUGGACAUGGUUACUACUUCGAAAUCCCCUCCAUCGGCGCCAUCCGCAUCAACACGCAGGAGUACCUGGACGUGCUGGGCCGCCCCAUGGUGCUGGCCGGGAACCGGGCCAAGCAGGUCCAGUGGACCAACGUCUAUCAGGACGCGCUGGGCCUGGGCCUCGUGGUGACGGGCACCCUGCCCGUGUUCAACCUCACGGAGGACAGCAGUGACAGGAAGAACCAGCUCAUCCUGGGCGUGAUGGGCAUCGACGUGGCGCUGAACGACAUCAAGAAGCUGACACCGCGAUACAACCUGGGGGCAAACGGGUACGUCUUCGCCAUCGACCUGAACGGCUACCUCCGGCUGCACACCAACCUGCAGCCCCAGAUCAUCAACUUCCGCGAGCCGGUGACGCUGGACUUCCUCGACGCCGAGCUGGAGGACGAGAACAAGGAGGAGAUUCGCAGGAGCAUGAUUGAUGGCAACGAUGGGCAGAGGUUCAUCAAGACCCUCAUCAAGUCCCUGGAUGAGCAAUACAUCGACGAGGUGUUCAGGACCUACACGUGGGCCCCCAUCAAAAGCACCAACUACAGCCUGGGGCUGGUCCUGCCGCCCUACAGCACCUACUACAUCCAGGCCAACCUCAGCGACCAGAUCCUGCAGGUGAAGUCCUCCAAUUUUGCAUGUCCCGCUAACGCCGUGGGAGCGUUUCGAGAUCGAGACCGUUGCAAGCGUUUGCUACUGAUUCUCAUUUUUCCUUUUGACCAGUUUGAUUCUGUCCUGCUCUUCCUCCUCUCCGCCGACCCCUCCUCUGGCUCUUCCCACCCUCGAUCCUCUGCUUCCUCCCUCCUAAGACAACUCAACCUGAACGGGAUCGGGCUGUGCAGGGGAGGGACACAGCGGGAGACUCCCAGGAUCCGCCUGCCCAUCCCACACAUGCUCAGGGGGCUCCAUCAUGGCACCGCUGGCACGGGAAGCCCCACGAGUGCCCCCAGCACCAAGGUGGCCUCCCGGGAUGGCUUUGUCCCCACAGGGCCGGUUUUGGAACCGAGCUCAGGUGCAGGUAGCCCCUGGUUCGCUGGUCCAGCGUGGGACUGGACACACAAGGUGCCCACAAGAGAGUAUUGCAAAGACCUCGACCUGUCGGAUAACAACACCGAGUUCCUGGAAAACUUUAUUGCCCUCAUGGAAAAGGUGACCCCCGACUCCAAGCAGUGCGACAACUUCCUCCUGCACAACCUCAUCCUGGACACGGGCAUCACGCAGCAGCUGGUGGAGCGGGUCUGGAGGGACCAGGACCUCAACACGUACAGCCUCCUGGCCGUGUUCGCAGCCACCGACGGGGGCAUCACCCGCAUCUUCCCCAACAAGGCUGCGGACGACUGGGAGGAGGAGCCAGAGCCCUUCAACGCCAGCUUCUACCGGAGGAGCCUGGACAACAAGGGCUACAUCUUCAAACCGCCCUACCGGGACGCCACGCGGCUCGCCGGGCCUGGCCGCGGGGCCCGGGCUAACGCGGCCCCCUGCCCUCGCUUCGCCCCGCAGUGCGACCCCACCACGAGCUGCGAGAUGGACUGCGAGGCCAACAACAAGGACCUCAUCUGCGUCCUCCUCGACGACGGCGGCUUCCUGGUGCUCUCCAACCAGGAGGACCACUGGUUCCAGGUGGGCAAGUUCUUCAGCGAGGUGGACGCCAACCUGAUGUCUGCCCUCUACAACAACUCCUUCUACACGCGCAAGGAGUCCUACGACUUCCAGUCCGUGUGCGCCCCCGAGGCGCAGAGCAACACGGGCGCUGCCCCCCGCGGCAUCUUCGUGCCCACCAUGGCCGACUUCCUUAACCUCGCCUGGUGGACCUCGGCCGCGGCCUGGUCCCUGUUCCAGCAGUUCCUCUACGGCCUGACCUACAGCAGCUGGUUCCAGACAGAGGACGUCACGGCGGACAGCGCGGAGUCACGGGAGACCAGCUGCAUCAUGAAGCAGACGCAGUACUACUUCAGCACGGUCAACGCCACCUACAACGCCAUCAUCGACUGCGGCAACUGCUCCAGGCUCUUCCACGCACAGAGGUUGGCCAACACCAACCUGCUCUUCGUGGUGGCCGACAAGCCCAUGUGCAGCCAGUGCGAGUCUGUCAAGCUGCUCCAGGCGGAGAUCAGAGCUCCUCCGCGAGACCCAAAUCAGUGCGAGCUGGUGGACAGGCCGCGCUACCGGAAAGGCCCCCACAUCUGCUUCGAUUACAAUGCAACAACCUGCUCUGGACUCAGCUUCAUUCUCACAAAUAAGGAAUAG